AACAGAAUUAUUAUUAUUAUCGUGAAGCACACGUGAUUGUGUUGUCUAAAGGAAAUGGAGGAAAAAGUUGAUAAUCCAUCCUCAAUGAAAAAUCAUGAAACAAGGGAAAAGGGGGCUUCAAAGAAAAAGAUAACUAUCGUAGAUGAAGAUAAUCCUCGUCUCAAAAAGAAGGAUGAGAUUCACAAGGAGUUUAAAUCGCAGGAAUUUAAAUAUUCUCCUGGUAAUGACCCAAGAUUUCAGCAACAAAAUCAGACGCAGAGAUGCUUCGUAAUGUAUACCGACUUUUAUCGCUGUCAGCAUAUUUUAGGUGAAGGUUCUGAAGCAUGCACGUGGUUUAAAGAUGUUUUCACGUCCAUAUGUCCGAAGGCCUGGGUAGAACACUGGGAUGAACUUAGACUUACAGGCAGAUUACCUUGGCACAAAUACAAAACUCAGGGCGCUUUCCCCGGCAAUAAAUACGGCGAAUGAAGAAAAAUAAAGAUCAAUCUUCUAGAGUAAAAUUAAAGUCUUAUAAUAUUUGAAAUUGGAAAUUAAACAAUUAUUACGACUGUAUAUUCCUAGUGAAUUAUAGUUAAGAGAGAUAAUAAUUAUAGAAACUU